CUCACUGCGACCCGAAGUGACCCAACACCAAGCAUCAUGAAAGCCUUCGUAGCGUGCAUAGCCCUCGCGUUGGUAUCGGUCCACGCUGAGCCACCAUCCGGCUACAACUACAACCGGCCCUCCUCCGGCGGCUUCAGCGGCGGCUUCAGCGGCGGCCUGAGCGGCGGCGGCGGCUACCGCGCCGUCUCCUCCGGCUUCCAGACCUCCGAAGGCCAGAACGUCGACCCACAACUCCUGGAACAGGUCCGCCAAAUCCUCCUUAAAGAAGAAUCCCAAUCUUCAUCUGGAUCCGGAUUCGGCGGUGGAUUCGGCGGCCACUCCAGCGGUCCCUCCUCGUCCUACGGUGCCCCCGCUCCCUUCUCGUCCUACGGAGCCCCCGCCCCCUCCUCUUCCUACGGAGCCCCGUCCACCUCUUACGGAGCCCCCUCCGCCCGCGUUGUAGGAAUCGACCUUGAAGGAGUCCGCCAAGCCAUCCAGGUCGCUCAAUUCGAGCAGUCCGGUGGCUCAUCCGGUGGAUACCCGUCCGGUCCUUCCUCCUCAUACGGCGCCCCCGCCCGCGCCCCCUCCAGCAGCUACGGCGCCCCCUUCUAAGUAACCAACCAAAUUAAGGACGGACCAGUUCAGUUUUCAGUCACUUAUGAACUGUCCCUGUCGGUCGACGUUAUUCGUGCGCGCUCUUCCCAACCCUGGGCGCGUGCGAAUGUGUUUAAAGUUCGGCCGGUGGCCACGUACAAUGUAGGUGGUGCCGGCCCGGCCGAGUCGUUCCACCUUCGGCCAACGCCUGCGACUGUGCACGAUCACGGGUUACCAGCUCAUCCGCGAAAACUUGCGCAACGUGGUUUCCCUGUGUCUGUACAUCAUAGAGGGUUAACGAUGCUGCGAUUAUAGUUUUCGUGGUUGAGCCAAAGAUGCACCAGCGGCGCAGCCAGUCGUUUCUGACGAAGUGGCUCACCGCUGGACUCGGCUCAUGUCUUGUAUAAAGUAUCAUAAGAUAGCAUAAUUUUUGUUGUAAGUUUUAUUAUUUUUGUUUACAAAAAAUAAAUACAU